GCUGCCUGAGCACGGCCAUUCCCUUCCACAUGUACGCCGUCGCCACUGGGAGCUGGAGCGAGGGCGCGGCGUAUCUCCCGUUUGAUGCGUGCGCAGUUUGACGUGCCUUUCCUUCGUACGAGCUGGCUGGCUGCGGUAGCAAGUGAGGCAACACUUGUGUCCUCGGGCAAAGAAAGAAAGAGAGUCGCUUGCAGCGGAUCUCUUAAGGUAAAGCUCACUUUUAUUAGUGGAAUCAGAAAAGAACACUACGUUUCCAACGCCUAAGUUGUGAAUCAGCUAUCAGAAAAUACUUCUCAGACGUCGCUAAAAUCUACUUAGCGCUGGGGUCUUUUGUUCAGUUCUUCAGCUGCAAUCGUGGAUCAUAGGAACGGAAGACACAUUCCUACGGUCCUGGGCCCCUUGUGUGCAAGUCAGGGAUGCAUUCGCGGUCGAGCGGCAGGAAUGCAGCAGACAGAUGGACAUGUUGUGUCUGACGCGCCGCGGAGGUGCCGCUGAUUACUGGACUCUCAAAUCCGCCGAAUUCCUGAAACAGUUUCACGGGAACUGAUCGUCUCUCGAGAACAACAGAAGAUACUUUUUUAUUUUUAAAAAAAUCCAGUUUUAAGGGGUUGGGGGGGAGGAGGGAAGUAGACGACGUGCGUGAGAUUUGGGUUUUUUGCCUUCGGAUGCAUGCGUACGUUUGUAAUCGCAUGUACUUUUGGGGGGAGUUUAAAAAUAGGCAGGCGCAGCCAAAAAAAAAAAACGAGGACUCUUUUGAGUAAUUCCGAGUGGUUUCUGGAGCGUUCACUGUGACGCACCGCGAGCUACCGAGAUGAGCGCGGAGGGCUUCCAGUACAGAGCGCUGUACGACUACCGAAAGGAGAGGGAGGAGGACAUCAGCCUGCACGUGGGGGACAUUCUGGUGGUGAGCAAAGGCGCGCUGGUGGCCCUGGGCUACGGCGAGGGGUUCGAGGAGAAGCCCGAGGAGAUCGGCUGGCUCCCCGGCUUCAACGAGACCACCCAGGAGAAGGGGGACUUCCCCGGGACCUACGUGGAGUUCGUGGGGAAGAAGAGGAUCUCGCCCCCGACGCCGAAACCCAGGCCCCCCCGGCCCCUCCCCAUGGCCCCCGGUCCCGGCAGGGCUGACUCCGACUCGGAGCAGGCGUCAGCGUCACUGGACCUGACGGAGCAGUUUGCCCCGCCCGAGAUGGCCCCGCCCACUCUGAUCAGACUGCUGGAGGCCAUCGAGAGGAAAGGUUUGGACAGCCCUGCUCUUUACAGGACUUUCACCGCUGGGGGUGGACUGGAUGUCAGGCAGAUCUUGGACAGUGACCUGGAGCUGCUGGACCUCCAGACCUUGUGCGAUGGACUUUGGAGGUACCUACAGGACCUGCCCAGCCCGGUCAUCCCUUCCACGGUCCAGAGCGAGAUGGAACAUGCGGUACAAGAGGUGCCCAGCCCGGAGGAGUGCGCCCAGCUGCUGCGCGGAAUCGGCCGCUCGCCCAGCCUCCCGGCCCAGCACUGGCUCACCUGCCACUUCCUGGUGCGCCACUUCAGCCGCGUGUGCCAGAACGGGGCCAAGAACCAGCUGAGUGCCCGCGCCCUGGCGGAGACCUUCGCCCCCCUGCUUUUCGGACCCCAGACGGCAAGCUGCGAGCCCAGCCAGGAGUCCCACGUCAAGAUCUUAGAAGUCCUGAUCAUUAGCGAGUGUAAUGAACUCCAAGCCGCUCCAGCGCUGCCACCCAAACCGCCGAAGGCCCCCGUCGUCGUGAACAACGGAACCAACAGCAACAUGGCUCUGCAGGACUCGGAGUGGUACUGGGGCGAUAUCUCCCGGGAGGAGGUGAACGAGAAGCUGAGGGACACAGCCGACGGUACGUUUUUGGUCCGAGAUGCCUCCACCAAAAUGCACGGGGACUACACUCUCACGCUCAGAAAAGGAGGCAACAACAAGCUGAUCAAGAUUUUCCACCGGGACGGGAAGUACGGCUUCUCGGACCCGCUGACCUUCGGCUCGGUGGUGGAGCUCAUCAACCACUACAGGCACGAGUCCCUGGCCCAGUACAACCCCAAACUGGACGUGAAGCUGCAGUACCCCGUGUCCAAGCACCAGCAGGAUCAGGUGGUGAAAGAGGACAGCAUUGAAGCCGUGGGGAAAAAGCUGCACGAGUACCACCUGCAGUACCAGGAGAAGAACAAGGAGUACGACCGGCUGUACGAGGAGUACACGAGAACCUCACAGGAGAUCCAGAUGAAGAGGACGGCCAUCGAGGCCUUCAACGAAACGAUCAAGAUAUUCGAGGAGCAGUGCCAGACGCAGGAGCGGUACAGCAAGGAGUACAUCGAGAAGUUCCGCAGGGAGGGCAACGAGAAGGAGAUCCAGAGGAUCAUGGGAAACUACGAGAAGCUCAAGUCGAGGAUCAGCGAGAUCGUGGACAGCAAGCGCCGCCUGGAGGAGGACCUGAAGAAGCAGGCGGCCGAGUACCGGGAGAUCGACAAGAAGAUGAACAGCAUCAAGCCCGACCUGAUCCAGCUGCGCAAGACCCGCGACCAGUACCUCAUGUGGCUGACGCAGAAGGGGGUGCGGCAGAAGAAGCUCAACGAGUGGCUGGGAAUCAAGAACGAGAACACGGAAGAUCAGUACUCCAUGGUGGAGGACGACGAGGACCUGCCGCACCACGACGAGCGCACCUGGAAGCUGGGGAACCUCAAACGGCAGCAGGCCGAGACGCUGCUGAGGGGGAAGCGGGACGGCACCUUCCUGGUGCGGGACAGCAGCAUGGCCGGCUGCUACGCCUGCAGCGUUGUGGUGGAGGGUGAGGUGAAGCACUGCGUCAUAAACAAGACGCCCACGGGAUUCGGGUUCGCCGAGCCCUACAACCUGUACGGCUCGCUGAAGGAGCUGGUCCUGCACUACCAGCACACCUCGCUGGUGCAGCACAACGACUCCCUGAACGUCACGCUGGCCUACCCCGUCUAUGCCCACCAGAGGCGGUGAGCGCGCCCCCCCCCCCCUCCUCCAUCUCCCCCACCUCGCCAUGCCCCCCCCUCUCGGGACUAGCGACGGACGGACGGACAGCCGACGACGAAGCCUCGCGAGCUAACGGAAGCGUUUCAGCCGGACGAGUUUUCCCGCCCUCGCGUUUCGCUCGAGACUCUUCUGACCGCUUCAAAAAAAAAAAAAAAACUACAACAACAAUGGCGGAAGCUGAAAAAAAAACAACAACAACAGCAUUUUGAGUCAGACAUUUUGAGUAGCGUCCAACUAGAGGGAGAGUGCUCGGCCUCUCGCGCUUUUUGCGGGAAACGCACAAGCUCGAGCGGAGAGCACCGAAGCCACUAGCUUCGGAGAACAUGGCGGCUCGUCGCCAGUGGUGCUCACUUCCGUUCCUUUCUAAGCUUUAUCGGCUGGAGGGUCGGAGUCAACGACUCCUGCGGUGCUCAUUUUGGUGCUGUGCUCCCUUCGGUUUCUGCGUGAGGCACAAACGCCAGUUUCAGAAAAGCUUGUUCAGUGUUGGAAGUGGUCCAUGCACUUGCGUCAAGUGUUCAUUAACGAACUCGGAUCAAAUAAUAAAUGUAGCAAGACGGCACUUUUUCCCCCAACGAAAUAUGGACUCCUGGAUGGACUUGGAAUUCAAGCGCCGCAGUCAGGAGAGACGAUGUUGGCAAGAGUGCAUUUUUUUUUCUAUUUUCUGAGAGAAGCGUAUAUAGCCUAUAGGGCAGACUUAAGCCUGCUCUCGACUAUGGACAAUCAGAACAGGAGCAGGACUUGAAGCGGACUCAAUACAUGUCACUUUGUACAUAAUCAGAGGACAACGUGUAUCAGCGCAAAGUAAUUGAACCUAUAUUACCAAAAACGUACUUUUUUUUGUUUUCGGUUUUAAUGUGAAUUCCGCUAUGCAAUGGUAUUUUUUCAUGAGAGAAGUUUUAUUUUAUAUGUUACCCACCCCCAAACCCCCACCCCCCUCCUCUCGAUAUCCCUAAUGUAUGCUUUUUUUUUUCUUGCUUGAACGGUUUUUGUGUUCGUUUCGUGGUCAUGUCAGCGUUCAGUAGAAUCUUUUUAUGUGUCAAAAUGUCAAGAAGGUAUUGCUGUCACAAAAGUAUGCUUAACAUUUCUUUUAUCUGCAACUGGAUCUUAAGUCCACUAUAAAGAAUUUAAGUCAUUAUUUUGAUUUUUUAUUAGUUUAGGUUUUACUGCAGCCUCAUUUCCUCUAUGCAUGAUGAUGUCAUCAUUGCAGCCAAUAAUAGUCCUGUAAAAUCGUGAUUUAAAAAGCCCCUCCCCACAUGCUCAUACUACCAGUAGUUUUCCCACUGAUGUUAGGACCAAAGUUCAAUGGUUAGGACACUGUACAUAGAUGCAAAUGAUAUUGUAACUGACUGGGCAUUCUCCAGGUUUUUGCAUGCUAUUUGUCUCAUGUCAAAAACAUCAAUCGGAUUGGUUCUAACGUCAGUUUGUAAUUUUACGAGCAUUUUUUUUUUAUUCCUUGAAGAGGGGGAUGGAAUUAGGUUUUUGGGAAAGCAGCAAGAUGUAAAUGGUCACUUGGGAGAUGAGAAUGUCACUUUGCAUCCCUAUUUUAUGUUUUUUCUGUAUCAGAAAAUUCCUUACAAGUCUUUAACAUGGAGGAAUUAAUGUAUGUUGUUCAUGAGUUUUGUGCUGAAUCAUACACAAUGCCAAUAAUUAUUAAAUAAUGAGAAAAUAAAGUACCAAAUUAAUUUAAUUGACCUGCCCAAAUAAAUAUUUCUUCCUCAUAGUCAUAGUUCAUACAUAUUAAUACUGUUUUUCCCCCCAGUUUAUUUUCAUGUUCGUUCAUUUCAUCAAGUUUGUUCCCAUUUUAGCCAAGUGUUUUCGUAUCCAUUUCCAGUGUUUUACUAUAUAACACAGUGUACCGGAGAUAUGAGAUUAAACAUUUUAUUUCUUGGCCGGAAAAUACUUUUUUUUAAUCUUUAGCUCAUUUUGACAGCUGAAUAGCUCUUGAAACGGUUUAACUUGUGUAAUCUGUCUACUAGAAAGGUAAUAUUGUCAUUUUACCACAAUGCAAAUCACUUUUACUGCAGAAUGGCGCUGGAAUGGAGAUAUGUUCUUGCUUUUUAAAAAAUCUCCUUUUUCCAUUUUGCUUGAAAGAACUACCAUGUCUGCUACCUUUGACAAAUGCAAUCAUUAAGAUUGUACAGCUCUUAGCAUGAAUAUUAUAAACAUUGGUAGUCCUGUACAGGUAUAGUACUGUGCAUUGCAUUAUUACCUUUCACUUAAUAAUUAUCCAAAAAAAUACAAUGUAGAUAAAGUUCAUCCUUGCGGUCUGCAUUUGUGAACAUGAAUUGGUUGCCCGCGUGGAGCCAAAUCGUUGGGCCGGCAGUUGUAUGGAAUGGAAUAAUCAAUCUGAUCAGCGUGCAUUUUCAAAUGCGGAAACUUUUAAAUGGUACAGAACUAUAAUAUGUUUUUAGUAACAUGAAACAUUUGGUGCAGACAGUAUUAUGCUGUAAAUUGUUUUGGUGCUAAAUGUAACCUUUUGAUGCCCCCACUCCCCCCAACCCCGCCUCCCCCCCUUUUUAACGCCUCUCACCGACCUUCAGAGUCCUAUAGUAAUGUUUAAAUAAGCUAAGCGCACAUGUCAUUCCGUGGAAGAGUCAGCAGGAACAAGCCGUGUUCACAUCGUAGUUUUGCACCUUAUUGAACCUGCCUUUUCUCUGCUCUGUCCGCCUUUAUCAGCCAGAAUUCUUGUACAGAAAAUAAAAAAAUUUAAAACAGGCUACCGUCCUGCAGUGUGUAUAACAGGAGAUGAUUCUCCUUUCUAAAUAAAUGCAAGUCACUAUAUAGGAUAUAACUGGGUUUUCUUUAGUUUUUCUUCUUGUUCCCUUUGGGGUUUUCUUGGGGAAAAAAAGGACUUGAGUUCACUUUGACCUGUUAUAUUCAGUCCAUUAGUAACGGUUGUGAGGCUUCUGUGGCCGAACUUUUGGUUGUUCCUGCUUUCCGUCUUUCUGCCCUCGUUUAAUGCAAAUCAACAUGGCGCCUUUCUGGCCUGGUUUAACACAAAUCAAAAUGGCGGUUUUGUGGCCAGUGAGGACACAACCUGCACAUUUUACUGCUUUAAAAAAAUUAAAAUUUCAUCUGUGUUUCCUCUUUGUUACGAUUCUGUACUGAGGUCUGGUUAAAGAAAAUAAAAGUUUCUUCGGACAAGA